AUGGCAUCCUCACAAAGCGACAGCCUCGCGGCGAACUGGAAAUGCUUGCUCGCAUGCCUGCUCAUCGCCAUGGGACCGUUCCAAUACGGUGUCGACUUUGGCCUCAUUGCUGGUAUCCAAGCCAUGGUGGGCUUCGACCGAGUCUUCGGCCACAGAGAUGAGCUAUCUCCAACCGGAUGGAACCUUAGUCCAGUCACUCAGCAGCUGAUUUCGUCUUUCAUGACCAUCGGUGCCGUGAUCGGUUGUGGCUUUGUGGGUCCCCUGUCGACCAAGUUUGGGAGGAAGCAGUGCGUCUGGCUUGCCAUUAUUUGGUGCUAUGUGAGCGACGCCAUCAUGAUGGGCACCACCAGCGUCGCCGCUUUAUACGUCGGACGCAUCAUGAUCGGUAUUGCGAAUGGCUGGUUCAUGACCUUUCCCCAGCUGUACCUCCAAGAAGUGGCACCAGCACACCUUCGGGGGUUUGUCUAUGUCUUCUUCCAGUUCUGGGUCGCGCUGGGCUCUCUGAUUGGCAAUAUCGUUGAUAACUUCACCGAAAAGUUGCCCGGCAGGGAAUCCUACCUCAUCCCUCUCGGCAUCAUCUACGUCGUGCCACUCAUUCUUGGCGUUGGCAUCAUCUUUAUACCCGAGUCGCCACGCUGGCUAUUGACCCAUGGUCGAAAAGAAGAAGCUCGCAAGGCCCUCUUGUGGCUGAGGCCCGAAGGGACCAACGUCGAUGCCGAGAUCCUGGCCGUCGAGACGGCGCAUAAUCUCGAGAUGGAGAGUGCGGGCAAAGGAUCGUGGACCGACAUCUUCACCAACAAGAUCGAACGGCGUCGCACUCUGCUCUCGCUUGGCUCCCUCACCCUCCUGUCCGCUCCCGGCGCCAUGUUCAUGAUCAUGUACGGCACUUACUUUUUCCAAAUGGCGGGAGUCGGCAAGCCCUUCGAAGACAGCUGCAUCCUGUCUGCCUUGUCCGUUGUCGGCAUUCUCGCCUCGUCCCUCUUCGUCACUCGCCUGGGCCGCAGGACCAUCCUGAUGUCCGGCAUGGUCAUCUGCGGCGUCAUGCAGCUCAUCCAAGCCUGCGUCUACGACGCCCAGCCCACCGCCUCCUCGACCGGCAAGGUCAUUGUCGCCAUGAACAUCAUCUACAUGUUCUUCUACAACGCUUGCUUGGCCGCCUACGCGUGGCUGGUCGGCGGCGAGAUGCCCAGUCUGCGACUGAGGUCCUUCGUCUUCGGCCUGGCUGGCGUGGUGGGUUUCUUCUGGCCGUGGCUCAGCGUCUUCACUGCCCCGUACUUCAUCAAUCCGGACAGUAUGAAUUGGGGUCCCAAAUAUGGCUUCAUUUGGUUCCCGAGCGCCAUCGUAGCCACAGCCUGGAUCUAUUUUUUCCUUCCGGAGGUCAAGGAUCGCACUCUCGAGGAAAUCGACGUGAUGUUUCAAGCCAAUCUCCCGGCUCGCAAGUUCAAGGGCUAUGUCUGCACAGAAACCACGUCGAGUAUGCGACGGAAAAUUGUAGCAGAGAAGGAUGAUCUUGAGGUUUCCGCCAUGGAGGUGAAGGCCGUGGAACACGCCGCGCCGCCGCAUACGUGGGAGUAG